GGUAGGAUCAAAGAAUACUCCAUCCAACAAGAAGCGAAAGCGUGGAAUAUUUCGGGCUCCAAAUUUCUUUGCGCAUGACCAUGCGCCAUGUUUGAUGUUUGAUCGUUGCUCGCAUUCAAGGCGUAACGGCUGUUUAUCUAUGUACAUGUGUUUGUGACAAGUGACAAUUUGUUUGUGUAAAUUUUCGUGUUUGGCGUUUUCAUAAUAUUUUAUAAUUGUUGAAAAAAGUAUAUUAAUAUUAAAAAUUAUUAAAAUAAACUAUAAUUGUGAUGGCUGCACGCAAAGGUGGAAUUUCUUGUGUGGUUCGUGGAUGCCAGACUAGAUCUGGGGAACAAAUAAGUCUUUUUUCAAUACCACGAGAUCGUAGCAGAGCUGAAUUAUGGCUAAAAGCUGCAAUUAGGGAAGAUUUACUUUCAAAGGAUGUCAAUGAAUUGCACAAAAAUUAUAGAAUGUGUGAGAAACACUUUCAACCACAUUUUAUAUCGAAGGGGGGAAACGUAAGAAAAAAUUUAUUUAUACAAGCUCAUCCUACGAUAUUCCCAUACAACCAAGAUGUACAGCUGGUUCCAAAAAAACUGAUACGACUCUUAGUAAGAUUUGAUCAUUUUGAGCAGUGUAUGAUUGGUCUGACAUUAUAUUAUAUUUAUUAUGACAGACAAAUAAUAAAAUAAACAAACAAACAGCCAUUUUUUGAGGUUGAAGUUAUUUGACAAAUUUUAAGAUUUGGCAGUGACAGUUACAGUAUUUAAAUAAUAAGUAUUUAUCCGUCAAAAUAUAAUAAAUGAAAUAUAAUUAAACUCAUAUUUAUUA